AUGUCAUACUCUCCUGGUACAAUUGUUUAUGCAAAGCUUAAAGGAUACCCUUGGUGGCCAGCAAGAGUUGAAGUUGAAUCUUCAUUACCUUCCCAAGUUCGUUCUAAAAAACCAAAAACACCUAAACCUACAAUUGGUGUUCGAUUUUUUGGGACUAAGGACUAUGGCUGGUUUGGAAGUAAUGAUCUUAAACCAUUUGACAAGAAGGAUGCCGAAAUAACAUUGCAAAAAAUGAAAAAGCGUGACAAAUUAUUAGAAAGAUCUAUUCAAAAUGAAAGUAAGAAAUCAAGUGAAUCUUACGAUAAUGAAGACGACGAAGGAGAAUUUUCAAAAAGAUCAAAAAUUCGUAAUAAAGGAAAUAAAAAAAUUAAAAAGGCCACAACUCCUAAAGGUUCAGAUCAUCGUAGAACAAAAUCAUUGGGCGGUGGAAAGGCAAAGAAAAAAUCACAUACUUAUACAUCAGAGGAAGAUGAUGAUGUAAUUAAUGAUGUAAAAGGGGGGAAGAAACGUAGAGCCAGUGAGGGAGCUACUAUAAAGCGUAAACAGAGAAAGAUAGACUAUACUGAUGAUGAAAAAAUGGAUUUGGAUGAGGAUAAGAGCGAAGAUGAGACAAAAAAGAAGGAACGACGACAAAAUGCUAAAAAAGAUAGAACAUCUAGAAGUGAAGGUUCGAAAUCAUCUGAUAAUGAAUCACCUGAGGAUGAUAGGAAUGAAAGGAUUAAAAGUGAUAUUAUCGAUGACGAUGAAAGCAAAUCAAGUAGAUUAGAAUCUGAAAUUCAUCAUCGUCCAUCUAAAUCGCGACAGUCGAGAACACCCGGUGACAGGUUGCUUCAUUUGAGGCAUAAACUUCAGAGAAUGACUCUGAAAGAUGACGUCGAGUCAUUAGAUAUGGAUAAGAUUGAUGAAGUAUUUACCGAAGUUGAAAAUUUUAAGAUCACUAUUCCUUUAUUGAAGGAAAGUAAAAUUGGUAAACUUAUGAGAAAAAUUGCCGAAAAGGAUUUCGAUCCAGACCCAAAAAGAAUUAUAGAACGAAGCAAUGAAUUAAUUAGGAAAUGGAAAUGUUUAUUAGAAACACCUACUCAAGAAGGAUCUGACGAAGAAACAUCACCCAAAACAGUUAAUCAAGUUGAAUCGCCACCAAACCUUGAUGAAGUCGUUGAUAACGAAAAAAGUGACCUACUUUUGUCUUAUGAACAAGCAAUUGAUAUUAAGAAAGACGAAGAUGAUGUCGAUAAUAGUAUUGUGAAAGUGGAAAAGGAAAAUUUCCCAACAGCAAUGGAUGUUGACGAUUCUAAUAAUGGUCAACCGAAGACUGGUGAAGAAAAACUGGUAGUUGAAGACAAAGAUAAUAUUGUCACAAAUGGAUCUUCAUCUACAACUAACAAUCAAGAAGUAAAUAGUCAUGAAAAAGAGGAUAAUAAAAGUACAACUCUUGAGUUGUGA